CAGCACGCAGGCGUUGUCAGUUCGCCGUUUUCUCGCUAGAGGGCGCGCCACAGGACACCGCUCCAAACACAUGGAGGAGGAUGUAGACAUCAUUGACUCUAUCUAACCAGGGAGAACAGCGCGUACAGUUCCCCUUAUCAAAUGAGAGAGAGAAAAUGAGAAGAUUGCUGAAAAUGACUGUGUCGGCUGUGGUUCGUGGUGUCAGACAUGUUCCCUGCAGAUGUCUAAGUGGACGACCUCCUGCACCACUUGGAGGCAGAAUCCUAACCAACCCUAAGGAUAUGUUUCAGCAUAACAUGUGGGAUCAUGUUCAGUGGUCACCAGAGGAAUUGGAAAAAGCAAGACAAAAAGCAGAGGAGAACUCCAGAGAACAAAUACCUGUAGAAGAGCAAGUCAGGUAUGACAGAGAUGCUAACAAAUAUUGGGACAAAUUUUACGAAAUGCAUCAAAACAAGUUCUUCAAAAAUCGGCAGUGGCUUUUUUCUGAGUUUCCCGAGCUCUUGCCCCAGGGCUGUGAAACAAGUCAUACCUCAGAAGGUCACGGGGCUUCAGUUCCAGUGUAUCCCGAACUAAGUGAAACUCAUCACAGCAGGAUGGAAAGCCAGCAGGGAGAUUCUCAUAUUCCCAACCACGAUGUACUAAGAGAGAAUCAGCAGCACACUGAUUGUGUUUCUGCAGUGCAGCCUCAUGAAGUUGCUGCUUUCCCUGGGCAACAUGCUUCUUUCAGAAUACUGGAGGUGGGAUGUGGUGCAGGCAACAGUGUAUUCCCUAUCAUCAACGCCAUCAGGGGCAGUGAUUCAUUCCUAUACUGCUUUGACUUUUCUUCCAGAGCAAUCCAACUUGUCAAGGAGCAUCCAGACUACGAUCCUGCAGUGUGCCAUGCAUUUGUUCAUGACAUUUGUGAUGAUGCAUCCAUGUUUCCCUUUCCUCGUGAGAGUCUUGACAUCAUUGUUAUGGUUUUUGUGCUCUCCUCCAUUCACCCCGAGAGGAUGCAAAGAGUACUUAAUCAUCUGGCAGGUUACCUGAAGCAUGGGGGAAUCAUGCUGUUCAGAGAUUAUGGCAGAUAUGAUCUGGCUCAGCUGCGAUUCAAAAAAGGCCAGUGUUUGUCUGAAAAUUUCUACACUCGACAAGAUGGAACCUGUGUAUAUUUUUUCAAGAAAGAUGAGGUUCAUCAGUUGUUUACUAAAGUUGGUUUGGAGGAGGUUCAGAACCUGGAAGAUAAAAGACUUCAGGUGAACCGAGGAAAAAAGGUGGUGAUGCACAGAGUAUGGAUGCAGAGCAAGUUUCGAAAACCAUUCAAAGUGUGAAGGCAUGUAAGAAUACAUGGACUGAAAGUGGUUUGUUAACUAAUUCUUGUUUGUGGGAGUACAAGAAGAUAGUAAGUAAAGAAACUGACCAUGAGGUGGAAAAAAAUCGAAAGUGUCAAUUCAAGGGAUCAUUUAAGUUAUUUUUUUUAAUAUACUGUAUUUUGUCAAAUACAUGAUUAUUUUAAUGUGUUGUUUUCUUUAUAUGAAUAAAGACAAUGUUUACAGUUCCAA